GGGAGAUGAGAUGCUGACCUGGGGACACAAAUGCUGUCACCACCUCACCUCUCUUCUCUGGUUUCACCCCCAGGAGACGCUUCCCCUGGAACAUCAUCCUGCUGAGCAUCUUCACGCUGGCCAUGGGGUUCAUGACGGGGACGAUCGCCAGCAUGUACAGGACCAACGCCGUCCUCAUUGCUAUGCUCAUCACUGCCAUCGUGGCCAUCAUUGUCACCGUCUUCUGCUUCCAGACCAAGGUUGAUUUUACAUCGUGUCCUGGGCUCUUCUGCGUGCUGGGCAUCGUGGUGAUGGUCACCGGGAUCGUCACGGCCAUCGUCCUCUCUUUCAAAUAUGUCCCCUGGCUCCACAUGCUGUAUGCGGCCAUCGGAGCCAUCGCCUUCACCCUGUUCCUAGCCUACGACACCCAGCUGGUGCUGGGGAACAGGAAGAACACGCUGAGCCCCGAGGAGUACGUCUACGGUGCCCUGACCAUCUACACCGACAUUGUGUAUAUCUUCACCUCCAUACUGCAGCUUGUGGGCCGGGACUAGCCCCUGCCCUGCACCGGGCCCCCUCUUCUCCUUGCCGACCUCUGCUUCUCUCCCUCUCCUCCACAAAGCUGCUCCUCUCCCAUCUUGUCCUUGCCCCAGGAGCCUGGCAGAGCAGCACGUGCCCGAGGUGGGUCGGUGUCACUGGGCUCCUGCUGGCCCCUCUGCUAGGCCCUGUAGCCCUCCCGCUGCUGCAGGCCAGCUCUGUGCCCCGCAAGGUGUCUGUCCCUGGACCAGGGUGCCCAGCUGGCCCCCAGGACAAGGGGCUGUGCUCAGUGCCGGAGCCCCCACGGUCACAGCCGGAGUCGGGGGCACAGCUCAGGCACAGGGGGGGUCCUCGGUGCCUGGGCAGGGCUGCCACCACCCCCCGAUCCGCGGGUUCACUCGGCACGCGCCUGGUGCACAGUCGGAAGGAAAGGCAGAGGUCAGGGGCCUGGCAUGAGGGCGAGGCUUCCCGGCGGGGCGGUGUUUCCUAAGCUUGUAAAUAAGCAGCAAAACCAGUGCCUGUAUGCACUAUACGGCCAGUUACCGGCUCUCAGCCUGGUCCGAGAUUACUCCUAAUGCUUCAGCACCCCUACCUGUAGGCUGCUAAGGAAGGGGCUCCCCUUGACCCCUCCCAGUCUCUGGAGCCUGGGAGGUGGGGGGGGAACCAGCCAGCAGCAUUCAGCCAGGACCCAGCCUCAGCGCCCAUUCCCUGAGGACGCACUGGUGCGUUGGCAGUGCUGCUGUUACGCUGCCAUGCAUUAAACAGCCUUGUGCUUGCACAAGGGCAGUUGUGCGGCGGUUGCUGCCUCGGAGCUGAGGCCAGAUGUGUCUGCCUGAUGUGGCACCUCCCAUGCAGCCACUGGAGGGGCUGGCAGCACUGGCGGGGGGGGGGGGGGGGCGGGU